AUGUCAUUUGCCCCACCUCCUGGGCCUCCGCCGCCCAUCGUUCCUGAUGGAUGGAAAGCGCAGUAUGAUGAGCGAUAUAAGCAGUGGUACUUCAUCAAUUUAGAGACCGGACAGUCACAAUGGGAACCUCCCACCGCACCAGCCGAGCCUUUAGAGAGCAUCGAUGGACCGCCACCGUCGAACCGUAUCCCAGAGGCUGGGUUAGCAGAGAAAGGGACCAGGGAGCAAGACACUUCGCUUGAAAGCGAUGCCCGGCUCGCGGCCCGACUACAAGCGGAAGAAAAUGCCCGCGCGGGGUCCUCAACCCCUGGUGCAGCGUCGGGGUAUUACGAUAAGUCCCAGAACCGGGGUGACCAACAGUCGGUGGCGUAUGCGUCUCCUUCUUCUUCUGCUUCGUUAUCGCCGGCUGUAAAGCAGGCCGAUUCGCAGGCCGACCCGCAGACGCAGACGCGCAGCAGGGGAUUUCUGGGGAAACUGUUUGGCAAGAACAGUGGCCAGCAGGGGAAUUAUAAUAAUAACUACAACCAGCAGCAGUAUUAUGGAAACCAGCAGGGUGGAUAUUACCCCCCCGCGCAACAGCCGUACGGAUACAACGGAUACCCACCCCAGGGAGCUUAUUAUCAGCAACAGCAGCAGCCUCCUCAGAGACGACAGGGUAUGGGUACGGGCACUGCGGCGGCUCUGGGCGUCGGGGGCGGUCUACUUGGCGGCGUGUUGCUAGCUGAUGUGCUUGAGGAUCACCACCACUUUGGCGGGGGUGGAUUUGGGGGGCCAGGCGGGUUUGGGGGACCGGACGGCUUUGGAGGACCAGGUGGAUUUGGAGGACCAGGUGGCUUUGGAGGCCCGGGUGGUCCUGGUGAUUUCGGCGGGGGUGGUUUUGGCGGAGGGGACUUUGGUGGCGGAGGAGACUUUGGCGGAGGCGGGGAUUUCGGAGGCGGGUUCUAG